AUGACCAUGACUCGAGUCGACACUUCGUCCCGCCUAGCCCACUUGAGGAGGUUGAUGGAAGACCGCAGUGUCCACAUAUACAUUGUUCCGUCCGAGGACAGCCACAGCUCCGAGUACAUUGCCGACUGUGACUCACGGCGAGAAUUCAUCUCGGGCUUCACCGGCUCGGCCGGGUGCGCCGUUGUCACCUCCGAGGCCGCCGCACUCGCCACGGAUGGUCGAUACUUCAACCAAGCGGCCAAGGAGCUCGACAGCAACUGGACCCUGCUAAAGCAGGGCCUCCAGGACGUCCCGACGUGGCAGGAAUGGGCGGCUGAACAGUCUGCCGGUGGAAAGGUAGUCGCCGUCGACCCCACGCUCCUCUCUGGGCCUGCCGCCAAGAAACUCGCCGAACAGGUCCGCAAAGCUGGUGGCUCGGAGCUUCUUCCCCUAGACGAUAACCUGGUUGACAUUGUCUGGGCCAAGGGCCGUCCGCGGCGCCCUUGCCGUGCUGUCACCAUCAUUCCUGAUGGUGUUGCGGGCAAGUCUGUCCACAGCAAGAUUGCUGAGCUACGACAGGAGCUCGCCAAGAAGAACUGCCUUGGCUUCUUCAUUUCCAUGCUCGACGAAGUCGCGUGGCUCUUCAAUCUCCGCGGCAGUGAUAUUCCCUACAAUCCGGUCUUCUUUUCCUAUGCCACAAUCACUCCACACGCGGCCACCCUCUACACUGACGACUCCAAGUUGAGCGAAACGUGCAAGUCGCACCUGUCCAACAACAACGUUCAGGUCAAGCCAUAUGAUGCCUUUCUUAGCGACGCCCGGGGCCAUCUUGCCGAGUUGAGCGAGAAGAGCACGACCCCGGGAGCCGUGGCGCAGCAGACCUUCCUUGUCUCCAAUAAGGGCUCGUGGGCUCUGCAACGUGCUCUGGGGGGUGACGGCUCCGUCGAGGAGAUCCGGAGCCCCGUCGGCGACGCCAAGGCCAUCAAGAACGAGACCGAGAUGGAGGGGAUGCGGGCGUGUCACAUCCGAGAUGGUGCAGCCUUGAUCGAGUUCUUUGCCUGGCUCGAGCAUCAGCUCGUGGUGGAAAAUGCCACGCUGGACGAGGUGCAGGCUGCCGACAAGCUGGAAGAGCUGCGGUCCACCAAGCAGCAUUUUGUUGGCCUAUCGUUUCCCACCAUUUCGGCUACUGGUCCCAACGCCGCCUUGAUUCACUACGGUCCCGAAAGGGGGAGUUGUGCAACCAUUGAUCCGCAGAGCGUGUACUUAUGUGACUCGGGGGCGCAGUUCUUGGAUGGUACCACUGACACGACGCGGACUCUGCACUUUGGCAACCCCUCGGGCGAGGAAAAAAAGGCUUACACUCUGGUGCUCAAGGGGGUCAUAGCACUUGACACGGCCGUUUUCCCAAAAGGCACCACUGGAUUUGCUCUGGACUGCCUAGCUCGUCAGCACCUAUGGAAAACAGGCCUGGACUACCGACAUGGCACCGGACACGGCGUUGGCUCGUACCUGAAUGUUCACGAAGGGCCCAUUGGUAUCGGCACCCGGGUCCAGUAUGCUGAGGUGUCCUUGGCUCACGGCAAUGUGCUCUCCAACGAGCCUGGGUACUACGAGGAUGGCCGGUUCGGCGUCCGCAUUGAGAACGUUAUGCUGGUGAGGGAAGUCGAGACGGACCACUGCUUUGGUGAUAAGCCGUUUCUCGGCUUUUCGCACGUUACCAUGGUGCCCUACUGCCAGAACCUCGUUGAUACGACGCUAUUGACGUCUGCGGAGAAGGAGUGGCUCAAUGCGUACAGCGCCGAAAUUCUGGACAAGACUAGGGGCUUUUUUGAGAACGAUCCGUUGACAAUGGCGUGGCUCAUGAGGGAGACGCGGCCAGUGGAUUAG